GAGACGCGGUCGCUGGAAUAGGACGCCCUCCCGGAAGUGGGCUCAGAAUCGGCAGAGAAAGUGGCAGUCUGUAGCCCCCGGGACCAGUUCUGGGGAGGUCGCAGCUGAAUUAUUUCUCUGCGUUUCUUCUCGAUUCUUCCUGAGUCUUCCAGGUUCACCUAGCGAGGAAACGUCUCCACCAUCAUGGGGGGCGGAGACCUCAAUCUGAAGAAGAGCUGGCACCCUCAGACCCUCCGCAAUGUGGAGAAAGUGUGGAAGGCCGAGCAGAAGCAUGAGGCUGAGCGCAAGAAGAUUGAGGAGCUUCAGCGGGAGCUGCGGGAGGAGAGGGCCCGGGAGGAGAUGCAGCGCUAUGCAGAGGAUGUCGGGGCUGUCAAAAAAAAGGAAGAAAAAUUGGACUGGAUGUACCAGGGUCCCGGUGGGAUGGUGAACCGUGAUGAGUACUUGCUGGGGCGCCCCAUUGACAAAUACGUUUUUGAGAAGUUGGAGGAGAAGGAGGCAGGCUGUUCUUCUGAGACAGGACUGCUCCCGGGCUCUAUCUUUGCCCCGUCGGGUGCCAAUUCCCUUCUAGACAUGGCCAGCAAAAUCCGGGAGGAUCCACUCUUCAUCAUCAGGAAGAAAGAGGAGGAGAAAAAAAGAGAGGUAUUGAAUAAUCCUGUGAAAAUGAAGAAAAUCAAAGAAUUGUUGCAAAUGAGUCUGGAAAAAAAAGAGAAGAAGAAAAAGAAGGAGAAGAAAAAGAAGCACAAGAAACACAAGCACAGAAGCUCAAGUAGCGAUCGUUGCAGCAGCGAGGACGAGCGCAGCCGGGGGAGGUCUCAAAAGAAGAUGGCAAAUUCUUCCCCUGUUUCGUCCAGAGUCCCUGGAUAUGGCUUACAGCUCAGGAACUCUGACCAUAACCAGGGACUGCAGGCCGAGCAGAAGGGAGUGCAUGGGUUGAAGAAUUAUUCCAGGUCCAGAAGCUCCUCUCAUUCACCUCCCAGACAUGCCAGCAAGAAGCGCACCAGAGAUGCAGUGUGCCGGGACAGGAGGUCUCGAUCCCCAGGCAGAAGGUCACGGUCCCCAAGGCCAAGCAAGCUGCACAACUCUAAGGUAAACAGGAGAGACAGAGGCCGAACUAAGAGCCCAUCACCGAAAAAAGAGGUCUACCAAAGGCGGCAUGCUCCUGGAUACACUAGAAAGCUCUCAUCAGAGGAACUAGAGCGAAAACGGCAAGAGAUGAUGGAAAACGCCAAGUGGCGGGAGGAGGAGAGGCUGAACAUCCUUAAGAGGCACGCAAAGGAUGACGAACGGGAGCAGAGGCUGGAGAAGCUGGACUCCCGGGAUGGGAAGUUUAUCCACCGCAUGAAGUUAGAGAGCGCAUCUACCUCGUCCCUGGAGGAUCGGGUGAAGCGGAAUAUUUACUCUCUACAGAGAACCUCAGUAGCUCUGGAGAAGAACUUCAUGAAAAGAUGAAAGCCAUCCCCUCUUGCUGGUUUUCCUGAAUUUUCCAGGGAGGCUGCCCACUCCUUAAAAAUUCUCUUUAUAAGAGUUCAAAUGGCUUUUUCCACAGAUGUCAAACCACCACUGUUCAAAGUGACUCUCCUCCAUGGAUUCCGGAAACAGCCCACUUCUUUUGAGAACCAGUGUGACUUGCUCUAUAGGACCCUCAGUAACUUUCACUGGGUGCAGAGUGGGUUUUAAACUGUUUUUUAAUGGGUGGGCACUAGGUGUGAGUACUCAUCCUGUUCUGGAAUACUACACCCUGUGGUCUUGAGAGCUUAUGCCUCCUCCCUCCAUCUGUGUGAACAGACCUAUUCUAGCACCUCAGUAUAGACUGGACCUUUCAGAAACCUCUGUCUCCAGAGUCACCCAGAUAGAUUGUGUUUACUGGGGUAAAAGAACAUUUACUUGAUUUAGUAGAUAAUGUGAUGGAAUGAUGUCAGAUUAGGGCAGAGCUAAGGGAGUGACAAAGAAUCUGGAAAGGAAAACAAUGCAAAAAAACCCCUAAAUGAACUGUUGAACCAUUUGGACUAUCUUUCAAACUGUAAAGUAUAGUGUGUAUAUGUACAAAUGUAUAAUUUUUACAUGCUUUUGAAAAAAAGAAGUUAGCUUUGUGAGAGUAUCUUGCUUGGUAAGUGACUUUACUAUGUAACGGAACCGCAUUGUAUCUUGUUAUCAAGUAACCCAGUAAGGCAGGUCAGCUUUUCUUUCCUCUUUGAAUCUGGCUAGUUUUGGAGGGGCCUGGGUUUAUUGGUAGGAUCUAGGGUAUCUGUCAUUUUACACUGCUUAGAGUCUCCCAUGUGGGCAGUGCAGUGUUGAAGUCAAAUGAUUUUAGGAGUCAGGACCAAAUGGCCAGUGUGCUCCCUGUUGGCUCUUACAGAAAAUAAAAUGGAAGCUAUUUAUUUAAUGGCUUCCUUUUUAUCAUGUAGUAAUCUUACUACAGUUCUAGAUUUUCAGGGGUUGUUUGCUGUUAUUUUUUAGUCAGAUAUUUAAAAAAAUCCCAAACUCAUGGAUCAGUCUACUAUCUUUACUCCUUUUCCUUCUCUUCUUUCACCAGAAGCCCUCAUUUGACCCAUGAACUCCUAGGCAUUCUUGACCCCACACAUUAGCUGGGCUAGUUCCUUGUUCUGCUAAUUCCUAAUUCUGCUUAAAACGAAUUUGGAUUUUUUUUUGGUCACUUAUAAUACCGAGCACUGUAAUGCUUAAAACCCAGUCCUUCCCCAGAGAGAAAAUACAUUCACUUGUUAGUCAUUUAAUCACCUCAUCCUGCUUCCCUAUGAUAGGGUGAAUUAUGUCUUUUAUUUUAUUACUUGGUAAUAAAGGCUAUAUUUAUUUUUAUAACUGUAAA